AUGAGUGUUAUUGUGAAAAUAGAAGAUGAGUGGAUUGAUAAAGAUAUUACUAUUGGAAGUCAAGACAUAUUCCAAAUAGAUUUACGUCCAAAAACAAGUAGUAACAAGAGAACAAGACUAGACCAAACUAUCAAAGAAAUUCAAGUAGAACAAUCUCAUUCCCGAAAAAGCCAUUACAGCAUAAACCAACCAAAAAGAGCCAUCAAAAUAUCAACGAUAAACAACCCAAAACCCAACCCCCACGCUUACCUGACAACCCAAACCACGCUCCAAAAUUAACUCCUCUCCAAUCCGCACCCCAAAGCCCAAUUCCCUGCACUCUCCCCAACCCCCUUCCAUCCCCCACCCCUCCGCUUCCAACUACAAGCCCAAAAUAAUCCGUCCCAUCACCACUCGGCUGCAAGCUCACUCCCAAAUCCCCCAUUCUUCAUCCAAAACUCCUCUCAACAAAUAGCCUAUAUUCUAAGAAAAACGGUAUUUACAUGCUUAAAAUAGAUGGGCAAAGUCUGAAUAAUACGAGAGGGUUUUUUAAGCCUAGUGCUAUAAACAUGGAGACGGACCUUCAGAGUAUCUUUAAAAAUGAGAAACUGAGUAAUAAGCAGUCAAAUCAGUUGACAAUUUCAAGCAAAAAGUAUCCAAUGCUCCAACUUUCACAAAAUACCCGUCGCUUAAAUCCACAAGGUCAGCCAUCAACAAGCAGUAUGCAAGGAACCCCUGUUAACUGUCUGCCUCCUAAGUUCUUCAGUAUAACAGUAUCUCCCAAGAAAAAGAAAGUCAGGUACAAAAGUCUUACAAAAUAAAAUUUCAAUA